UGCACAAAUAUCAGCAUGUAGUGAAGUUGUGUUUCUAUGGCUUUGUUCCUGAAUCCCAGAAAUAUCUUAUCAAAAUGGUUCUUUACUGACUGUAGGCUACUGGAACAUAAAAAUGGUCUGAAAGACAAAAGAGAAAUGAAUAAACACUGACAGUGGUAAAAUAUAAAUACUAAUCUGAUUUUAGUCUUUCAAGACAUGUUGACUAGACCAAAAGGAUUGCCUGGGUUAAUAUACAUAUCAAUUAAACCCAGUAAACAGUAAAUUCCAUCGUUUUUUAGACCUUUUUUUUUCAUUUUAUUAACCCGAUGUAGCUUUAAUGUCAUUUUUCUAUCUCAUAAUGUCAUAUGUCCUUGAGAACCGAGGGAAAAACGUAUCUUUCAAUUGAACUUUUUGGUGAUUUCCUGCCUUUUUGAGCUAAAACAACUCACAAUUUAGAAUUUAAAAAAAAAAAAUAGAUAUAUUUUAGAGAUAUAUAAAUCUCUAAAAGAUAGCAAAAUUUUGAAAUCAAAAUAGGCCCACAAGAAAACAAGAAUAUUAAUCCAUUUUCUAAUGAAACUUUACAAAACUAAAUUAGAUAACAAUAGUGUAAAAAUUAGAGAGAUUGAAUGAAACAUAAUGAUAAACAAGUAUUUAUUUAUUACAUUAAUUACAUUCAAUGGGUUUAUUACCCCAUAAAGGAAUUUGAACGUAAACAAAGAACUGGCAUGCUAGUUAGCUGUUAGCUAACCCCAUUAAAUCGUUCUCAUGUGCAUAACAGCUGGCAUUCAUAAAGGGGCUAGUAUUUUUCCUGACAAAAAGUUUAACUGAACUCUGAGCCCAAUUUAUAAUUCCUGACAUGCAUAUAAACAAGAAAAUAUAUGAUUAGUAUCGGUAAAUCAACGAUAUAACAAUUUUUGACUUUUCUCUUUUCCAGGUAGGCGCAUUUUGCUGCCGUCUCAAUUUUGUCUCAGCAUGAAAACAUCCCCUCAUCCCACCCAGUCACUUCAGAUAUCACUGGAAAGGCCAGCAUGUUCUCUAUUAAGCACAUCAGGAUUUAGUAGGAUAGCUCAAAUAAAUUCUAAGAUAUAUAUCAAAAAUAAAUGUCCAGUACAGAGGACAUAAAUGUGUAAGUCGGGUCUCAGGAGGAUAUGUUCAGUGUGGUUUUUUUUCCAGCUCUUUACAUGAUGACACCAAAUGAAGUUUUCAAAUACAAAAAUCCAUGUCCAAUGCCAUAGGUGCCACUCUAGGCACCUGUCUUGACAGGCUCAGGGAAUGCUAAGCGGGUGCCUUAAACAAAUUCAAAUAAUAUGAAAGUCUGAAAACAAAUGAUCAACAUUUUGAAAGCCAGCAAGACUCGGACCUUACUUUUGUUAUGAAAUAAUUCUCUAAUGCCACUUGAGUACCACUCUCACAGACUAUAAGUUUUUAUUAUGGGAUGUUCUGGGCUAUUUAAUGAUGCUCUGUCCUUAACUGCAUGAUUUGCAGCACCUGUCACGGCCAGGUGUUUGACUAGUCGUGAUUAGGCUCAGAUUUAGAGCACUCACCUUUAAACAUACUUGCUAAGAGCAGUGCUCAGCUUUUGUGGCACCCUGCUGAGAUUAUUUGCCUUGUGGGCAGCACUCUUUUUUUCCCUUUGUUCCAAUGGCGUGUAGAAACAGUGGGGGCAGUAAGAUUUUACUCAGAUUAGGAAUUUUUAUGUUUGCAACUUCGCUUUGCCAUUGCGCAGCACUGACAAGACUUAAAGCACUAGAUAAACCAAGAAGAGACUCAAUGCAAAGUCAAACCAAAAGAACAAAUCAACACCAUGGAAGACUCUUAAUUGGGCACAACCCAUUGAAAGGUGCUAAACUCAAUGAAACCAAGACUACGAAGGACAUUCUGGGCAUUGAAACGGAUUACCAAGCAGACAUGGCUUGGGGAGACCCUAGUGGACAGGGUCUGGGGCCAAAGCCAGACAUCGCAGCUGUACAACGACUGCUUAAAAUGGAACCGAAGGUGGAAUGUACAGGAGACUCCAUGAAGCUUCUUGUUCAAGAUGCUGUUUCUAUGCCUGCAUCUCUCUUCUUUGUGGACAGGGGAAACUACUUGUCUCCCCUGCCUCUGUCCAAGCUGCCUCCAAGCUGUGGUUACACCAUCAGAUCAACACAAACAGACUUGAUCUUAAUCGCACCGUACGAUGGUUGCUUUGUCACUAUAGAGGAGGACAGCUACGUUCUCGCUUUGCGUUGGUGGGGGUUACCCGUGAGGAUGUCAUGCCCUUUGAUGAAACCGUCCUCAACGAACCCUCCAAUGGUCACCUGUCAUAAUGAGGGCAUGGUCGUGAAAACGGAGUGGACCAUCUCCACUUCAAAAAUUAACGUAAAUCUGAAUGAAGACUGGGAGCCGCUGAUGAAGGUCUCACAAAGAUGUGGAUUUGGCAUAGUUGUACAUCCUGAAGGUGUGGUCAUCUCAGUUCAAUAUACACCUUGCUUGGAGAAAAAGGAUGGAUUUUACACUCUCGGCCUGUCUGGAGAUGGGGAAACACAAAUUUCGUGUCCAUCGUUGUUAGUAGCUCAACCAGAAUCUCCCAUAUACCCAGCAACGGUUCCAGUCCUGCAAACCACUCUAACUCCAAAUCCUGCAAGGUUCACUUCCCCUCAGGUUCCAAGUUUUAAUCAGAACCCAAAGAUUCCGAACAGGAAUCCUAAUCAGGGGCCAAAGGAUAUGAAUCAACCUCUGUUACCUUACUAUCCUUUCUAUCCAAAUUUCUUUUACCAGUAUCCUACAAGCCCAGAUGUUGUUUCUACAAUACAGUCCCCAAAAUCUACCACAUUACCUCCAGUGAAACAAACUACCAAGGACCAAAGGCUGCAUUUCUUUGUUCCACUUUAUCCUCAAGCCCCUACAUCACAACCAACCCCAAAACAGCCACCAGUGACCAAACCACCACCAGGUAAUUUGGAUGAGCACUUUCUUCCAAAUCCAUUUAACCUCCCAGCUCGGCAGCUUCAUAAACCUGUGAGACCAUAUGGAAGCCAGCCCAAGAGCCCAGAACAAAGACCCCUUUAUCCACUCAUUUCUCACUCUCAGCCAUCACGGCCACAACCAUCUGAAGCUCCCCCUGUAGAACCACCUUCUUAUACACUGUAUCCUGAAACAUUACCAAAAAAACCGGGGCCACGACAACCCAUAGUUCCUGUGAAGCCACAGGAACAAAUGGCUGCACCACAGCCUGAAGCUCCUCCAGGCCCAGUAUACCGGCCAUUCUACCACUACUCCUACUAUUCCCAAUCACAUCCAGCUAUGAAACCCGCUGCUGCACCUCAGUCACCAGGGCCAGAAACCCCUCAAGGGUCAGUAUACCAACCGUUCUUCUACAUUCCCUACUACCCCCAACCUAAGCCUGGAAAUCCACCAGCUUCGAAGAAACCUCCUGGUCCACAGUCACCAAAGAUUGAAGCCCCUCAGGGUCAAGUACACCAACCAGUGUACUUCCACCCUCAGCCAAUGCCUGAAUAUCAGCCAGCCAACAAUCCAACUGUUGCUCCACAGCCAGGAACUGAAACUCCUACAGGACAAGGCCAGAAACCUUGUCCAGCAACCCAGAUUCCAGGAACAAAUAAUGAUAAAGCUCCUGUGGAAAAGCCUGCCCAAAAUAAUGAUCCUCAACCGGGCGAAAUGCAUCAACCUUUUACCUUGUUCUACUACCCACAGCAGCCCCAGCCUUUUUUGAUGCCCCCUUAUAGGACUAUGCAGCACCAAGUUGCUACUCCAGCCGGUGAUCUGAAAUUUUCAGGAUCAGCCAUUCCUAGUAAUGUUGGUGUUAUCCAACAAGGGGCUCAACUCAGCCCUCUAUACAUGCAACCAUACUGCUCCCAGUUUUGCCCACCAGAUAUAUCUAAUUGCUGUCCACAAGUUGUUUUUCAUCAGCAUCUCCAUGUUGUUCCUACUGGGCAGAGCAGUAAGGAUGCACCUUCAUUGUAUCCAGGUCUGUCACAUCUUCCUUCAGUGGCAUAUUUGGAAUUUGUGAAUGGCUUGAGUUCUGUUCCUUCUCCUCAAACAGCAACGGAAGCUACAACAAUGCAAGCUGCUACAGGUUCCACAUCCCCAUCCAUUUCACCUCAGUCGCUUCCACCCAGAAAUAUAGCACAACCAUAUCUACAGCCACCAGAUGGCAGCCCUGCUGCACUACCUGGAAGUAAACCCAGUAUAGCUGCAAAACCUACCCUACCAGUUCACCCUCAUUUUGCACCUAACCCCCUAUAUCCCUAUAGGCCAAAUAUGCUGGAAUUUGAGAGGCAGCAAAAUUUGCUACAAAGUGUGCCCUCAACUUACUCCAAUGACAACUCUAAAGCUCCAGCUUCUGGUCAGGAACCAGCAAGUCCCGUGGUGCAUUAUGGGCCAUUUAUUCAGUCACCAAUAAAGCAAAACAGUCAAGUAAUGUCAGCUAAGAAUAUGAAUAAUCCCACAGGGCCUUACAUCAGCAAAUAUCUACCGCUGCACUACAGACCAAAGCCACCCAAUCUACCUAAAACCACUGACUGGCUGACAUAUUACAAAAAAUCUAGUAAUGCUAAAGGCUCAGCACGUGUUAACAUCCACCGUGAACGUGACCGUUAUCUGGUUCCUUACUCUAUGGUUCAAGAUGCUUCAGUACCCACUUAUGACAAAUCUGUGGUGCCAAACAACUCAGAACCAGAGACCCUUGUAAAUGACCCGGAGAACUCCACCAAACAAGGACAGACUCUGAACCCUGAUUCCGAACACAAAAGCUAUUUGCUGCUACAGCAUGGCCCACCAGGCAAGGAGCUCAACAGUUUCAGUGAUUCUGUAAUGCCUUUCAGAGACCUGCUUUAUGGCACAUACUCUGUAACACAAGGACCUGCAAGCGAACACAAUAGUAAACCCCAGAAUAUUUUGAAUUUUGGACUCAUGCAGGGAAACACCCAGCACCCUAAAUGGCCAGAAGAAGGGACGUUUGAUCCCUUACUUGGUCAUGUCAACUAUGAGCAAAGGUUUGGCGUUCAGUCAAGUUGGCCAACGUUAUCUCCUGCCUCUAAUGGCCUUCAGUUUGGGUUUAUGCCCCAUGAACCAACUUUCAGUACAGCACAUUUAAAUCCUAAAAUCCCUGAGUCAUUUGAAGAUCCCUGGAAAUCGCUGAUGCCUCUAGACUCCAUCCAAAGGUUUCCACCUCAUGUUCCUGGAAAUAUGUUUCAACACUGGAGCUCUGCAGCUGACCACCAAGGAAAUGGUAUGUUGUUAAAUUUUUUAAAAUUCUUAACCCAAUCUCUUGUAUUAAUAUGCAUGUCUUUUCCAGGACCAAAGCAUUCCCUCCUGACAGAACAUGAAAAUCAGAAGCAGAAAUGAGUUGACAUCAAUGUGAAUAAAUGAUUGAAACAGA